UAUUUCAAUUAUUUUUCUUAAUUAAAAAAAAAGGAAAAAAGUAUGAGAUUUUCUCUUGCUCCUAGACCAAAGCCUCCGUUUCUACUUUGUAAAUUCCUUUUCAAUGGAGGUCCGGCAAAUCUAAAACCCACAUAGCAACCCGUUUUUUGUAUUCCCUAUUUUUGUUCUCUCAAUAAUGGACUCUCCUAACCCGCCUUCAAUGCGGGUUUUGACCCGCCCACCUCCGUCACCUGUACCCACUUCUUCUCCUUCGUCUUCUUCUUCUUCGAAUCCCCCGCCUCCAACGCCGUCAUUUCCCCGUUCUCUCGACGGCGUCGUGGUGGUGGGCUUCGUAUCUCGGAGACCCGACGACUCUUCGCAGCUCAUUAACCGGGUUGUAGACUCCAACGUGUUCGGGUCAGGUCAGAUGGACCGGGUUUUGUCUAUCGACAAGGAUGAACUUAAGGAUUGGUUUAAGUAUAGGAGAAUUAGUUACUUUCAUGAGGAAGAUAAAAGGAUUUUGUUCUUACAGUUUUCUUCAAAUGGUUGCCCGGUUUUUGAUGGGUCAUUGAGUUCCGGGUCGGAUUUUGAUGGGGUUUUGGAGGAACGGGAGUUCGGGGAUCUUCAAGGCUUGCUUUUUAUGUUCUCUGUCUGCCAUAUAAUCAUAUAUAUUCAGGAGGGAUCUUGCUUUGAUACUCAAAAUUUGAAAAAAUUUCGGGUGUUGCAAGCUGCUAAGCAUGCCUUAAUCCCAUAUGUGAAAUCUCAAACAACACCACCAUUGCCGUCAAGACCUCAUUCUUCUUCGUCUUCUCGCCCUUUGCCAACGGCAACUGCUGCCAACACUUCUCCAGGUAGAAGUGGUGGCAUGUUGGGACGAAAUGCUUCAGCUAUCUCUCUCAUGUUAGGUUUAGGUUCCUAUACUUCUUUGUUUCCGGGUCAGUGUACUCCAGUGAUGCUAUUUGUUUUUGUUGAUGACUUCUCUGAUGUACCAAAUUCUAGUUCUAAUAGUAGUGAAGAGUCAGUAAAGGCACCCUCACUUAAUCAUGCUUCUAGUUCAAGCAGUUUAGCAAAGCCAACCUUGCCUAUGAAAGGUUCUGCUUCUGUAGUAGUGUUAGCACGUCCUGCAAGUAAAUCGGAAGGUGGUUUUCGGAAGAAACUGCAGUCAUCCCUUGAGGCACAGAUCCGUUUUUUAAUUAAGAAAUGUCGAACACUCUCAGGUUCAGAAGGCAGCCAUGGUGGGUCAAGAAGUGGGAGUGUUUCAAAUUCAGCUCCUCUAUUUUCUCUUGAUGCAUCUAGGGCUGUUGUACUUCUUGACAAGUCAACAUAUAAGAGAAGGGAAUCUCUGGAGUUCGCCAUUGGUCUUGUGGAAGAUGUUUUGAAUGGAAAAGCAACGUCAGAUUCGUUUUUGCUCGAAACUCAUAGUCAGAGUUCAAACAAAGAGGAUCUAUCAUCUUUGAAGGAAUUUAUCUACAGGCAGUCAGAUAUUUUGAGGGGAAGAGGGGGACUGGUUGCUAACACCAACAGUGGCCCCGCUGCUGGUGUUGGUAUGGUGGCUGUUGCUGCCGCUGCCGCCGCUGCCUCAACUGCCUCAGCCACCUCUGCGAAGACUUUGACCACGCCUGAACUCCCAACUUUAGAUAUAUGGCUGUCUUCUAGUCAGCUUAUUCUACAUGGGCUGCUCUCUGCAAAGCGUAGGUGUAUAGAUGAAACUGAAAUUGGUAAAAGAAAACCUCGUCGAGGUACCGUUGCUGGGCAGAGUGAAGGGCUUGCUUCUAGAAGCAGUGAAUCUCUAGAUAUUGCAGUAUCAUGGUUGGAAAGUGGUAAAGGGCUUAAUGCAAAGUUCUCUAGUUUGUGGUGUGAAAGGGCCCUUCCAGCUGCAAAAGAUAUUUAUUUGAAAGACUUGCCUGCUUGUUAUCCCACAUCACAGCAUGAAGCUCAUUUACAAAAGGCUUUGCAUGCUUUUCACUCGAUGGUCAGGGGACCUGCAGUGGAACUUUUUGCAAAGAAGCUGGAGGAAGAAUGCACGUCAAUGUGGAAAUCUGGAAGGCAACUUUGUGAUGCUGUUAGUUUGACUGGAAAACCAUGUUUGCACCAAAGACAUGAUCUUCAGACCGAUGAGUUGCCUUCAGGAACUUUGACGAAGCCUCAUUCAAGUGGAUAUGUCUUUCUUCAUGCUUGUGCUUGUGGUCGAACACGGAGAUUGCGGUCUGAUCCUUUUGAUUUUGAAUCGGCAAACAUUACCUCCAAUUGCUUUCCUGAUUGUGAUAAGCUUCUGUCAGCGCUCCAGCUACCAGAAGUAUGCAGCAAAGGACCAAUUCAGUCAUCUUCUUGGAGUUUGAUUCGUAUUGGCAGUUCAAGGUACUAUGAACCUUCUAAAGGUUUACUUCAGAGUGGGUUCAGUGCCACUGAGAAGUUCCUUUUAAAGUGGAAAAUACUUUUAGAGAAACAGAAAACCCCAAGUGGCUUAUCAACAAGAACUAUGCAACUAGGUUCUGUGGGUAGGUCAAGCAGCGAUACUAAGGCUGAGUUCAAUGCUGAUGUUCAAUUAAAGAAGGCUAGUUCCACAGAGUUCUGUUCUGGAGAAAUAGAGACUGCUGUUGAAAAUCCAAGAAAACCCUUGGAAAUCAGCAAGUUCAAUGGUAACAAGAUCAGUUUUGGUAGAGGCCUUCCCAAUUUCACAAUGAAAAAACCUUUUUCAGAAGUUGUUGCUGGAUCAGCAGCUACAGAUUCAGGUUUCCCUCCUCUUCAGCAGAGGAAGCAACCUUUAUCGGGGUCAGAAAAAGGAAUAAAGAAAAAUAAGGCAAGUGCUCUGAGUUUGGAAGGGGCUCAUGCAACUGUUGCUCAAGGAUCUCAAAAACCUGUAAAGAUGUCUGUUAUGCAAAACAUGAAUCAAGUAAGUUCUGAUGGUAGUGCAGCUGCAGAUAGUGACCCUUUUCUACGAAUAGGCAGUAAUUUUGUUCCUGUGAAUGUGAGCAAUGAUGAAAAGGCAAAACGAAACUCAGACACGAAGCAUGUGAUGGCAUAUGUUGGUUUUGAGCACGAAUGCCCACAUGGCCAUCGUUUCUUAUUGAACCCAGAGCAUCUCAAUCAACUUGGGCCUCCAUAUUCAUUGUUUGAAGAAUCUCAUACCACUUGUUCUGUGGAAGCUUCAGAUCAUACAUUGGCAGAUUCUUCAGAGUUGAGGAAGAAUGGUGGGCAGGGUAAAGUUAAUCUGAAUACAAAUGGUGUUAUCGCUGCUGCUACUCCUGUAAACAAGGUGAAAAACAAGGAUGAGGCAAAAAAGGUGGUAGCAAAUAGUAAUGUCUUUAAAGAUGGGCUGACACAGCUUUCUAUGCCUGAGGACCAUAAUAAGACACCUGUGAAUGCAGCAGGUGUGCCUGUCGCUGGAAAAGACCUUGAAAAAGGCUUCCAUGCUGUUAGCCUUGAUGAUAGUGGAUCCACUUUCUCCAUGUUGAAUAGAGAUUUACCAAUAUACCUGAAGUGUCCGCACUGCAGGUCUUCCAGGAACAAAAAGGAACCACCUAAGGUUAAGUUUGCUGGCACAAUAUCACAGCUUCAGAGAAUUUUUGUGGUCACACCUCCCUUUCCUGUUGUUCUGGCAACUUGUCCGAUUAUACAAUUUAAGGCAUCUUGCUUGCCCGCAACGGUUCCAGACCGUGAGCAAAAGUUGCAGUUCAGCCUUGGAUGUAAAGUUAUAUUACCACCCGAGAGUUUUCUAAUACUGAGACUGCCAUUUAUGUAUGGUGUAGAACUGGAUGAUAAAAGUGUGCAUUCUCUGAAUCCCUUUGAAGAUAAACCUGAAGUUACUGGUUGGGUUGUUAGGGGCACAACAUUGCAACUUAUGUCCAAAGGAAGUGGUCUCAAUGAGGGAUUUUAUAAAUAGUCGGAAGUCAAAGAAUCUAGAAUGUCUAAAAUGGAGAUUUACGAACCAAUGAUGAGUCUGCCGAGGCGGAGUUGUAUGACCACCUGCAUCUAGAGUCAGGGCAACGAUAUUCAUGCUUUGGUAACUGGUGAAGUUGAUAAGAAGGCAAGAGUAAAUUGCAAAUGUUUAGUCAUUCUCAGGUGGCUGGUGCUCUCAAGUGGAGCUUCCUGGUGAUCGUCUUAUUUCAGCUUGGUGGUUGGAUUGGUCUUUGGCCUUCAAGCAUGCUGUGUUGAUUUCUCGUUUUUCCAUUUCUUUUUUCGAGCUCAAAGAAUAGACCUCGGAACGAUUGAACAACUUCAAAAAAUCCAGUUGCAGGCACCUGUUUUUGAUGCUUGAGGAAACUAGAAAUGUCGUGGUGGAGGAGUUUCAUUGUUGUAGACAAGGUGUUUGUCAUUUUGCCUGAAAGAAAAAGAAAAGAUAGAAGCUUGUGUUAAACCCCUGUUCAUUUAUUCCACCCCCAAAACACUAAGGUCUAAAUAGGGGUAUUCAGAAACAAAAAUGUGCAAACAGGCAGAAUGAUGCACAUCCCUAAGCUGACCCUACUGAAAAUAUUAGAAAAAUGGGUCCAAUUAGAUUAGAUUUUUUAGUUUUUCAUAUAAAUGGAUUUUUAUUAUCUUAUUUUGAGAAGAUAGAUUUUAUGUUAUUACUUCUGAACAUUAUUUAGUGAAGUUAUAAAUUUCUUUCCAUAAAUAUUUAAAA